CUCUGCAGUGCCCCUGAACCCUGCUGACCGAGGCACUGUCCCAGCAUUACCGGAAAGGGCUGUCCUCCAGCCCAGCCCUCUCUUGGCCCCUGGCUCGGAGCCUGGUGCAGAGUCGGUCAAAUCUUGGAGGAUGCUACGUGCUCUGUGGACUUUCUGGAUCUUGGUGGCCAUGACAGGCCUCUCCAGGGAGGGCUGUUCUGCUCAGGCACCUCUGUCAUGUGAUGCUGCUGGUGUGUGUGAUGGCCGCUCCAAGUCUUUCACCUCCAUUCCCUCAGGACUCACAGCAGCCAUGAGGAGCCUUGACCUGUCUCACAACAAGAUCACUUCCAUUGGCCAUGAUGACCUGCGGGGGUGUGUGAACCUCCAGGUUCUGAUGCUGCAGUCCAGUGGAAUCAACACAAUAGCGGAAGGUGCCUUUUCUUCCCUGAGCCGUCUUGAACAUUUGGACUUGUCUGAUAACCACUUAUCCAGUUUAUCUUCCUCCUGGUUCAGUCCCCUGUCCUCUUUGAGAUACUUAAACUUACUGGGAAAUCCUUAUAGGAUACUGGGGGAAACGUCACUCUUUUCCAGCCUCACAAAUUUACAAACCCUCAGGGUAGGAAAUGUUGCCACCUUCAGCAGGAUUAGCAGAAUAGAUUUUGCUGGACUGAAUUCUCUGGACGAACUUGAAAUCCAAGUGCCAAGUCUCCAGAAUUAUGAGCCCCAAAGUCUGAAGUCGAUUCAAAACAUCCGCCACCUGACCCUUCACCUGAGCCAGCCUGCUUUCCUGCUGAGGAUUUUUGCAGAUACUCUGAGUUCUGUACGAUAUUUAGAAGUGAGGGAUGCUAGCUUGGCCAGCUUCCACUUUUCAGAGCUGUCCACGGAUGAAAUAAAUUCACCGAUGAAAAAGCUAGCAUUCCGAAGUGCAGAUAUCACUGACGCGAGUUUUAAUGAACUUCUGAAGCUGUUGCAGUAUGUCCCGGAACUGUCGGAGGUUGAAUUUGAUGACUGCACCCUCAAUGGAGUGGGCGAUUUUAAGCCAUCUGAGUCAGACAUCGUGAGAGAGCUAGGCAAAGUAGAAACACUAACGAUACGGAGGUUGCACAUCCCCAAAUUCUAUUCAUUUUAUGAUCUGAGUAGCGUAUAUCCCCUCCUGGAGAAAGUUAAGCGAAUCACAGUAGAGAACAGCAAGGUCUUUCUGGUCCCUUGCCUGUUUUCACGGCACUUAAAAUCAUUAGAAUUCUUGGACCUCAGUGAAAAUUUGAUGGUCGAAGAAUAUUUGAGAAACUCAGCCUGUGAGAGCGGCUGGCCUUCUCUACAAACUUUAAUUUUGAGACAGAAUCAUUUGAGGUCAAUAGAAAAGACUGGAAAGAUUUUACUGACUCUGAAAAACCUGACUGCCCUUGACAUCAGCAGGAACAGCCUUCAUCCUAUGCCUGACACCUGUCAGUGGCCAGAAAAGAUGCGCUUCCUGAACUUGUCCAGUACAGGGAUACAGGCUGUGAAAAGGUGCAUCCCUCGGACGCUGGAGGUGUUGGAUAUUAGUAACAACAACCUCAAUUCGUUUUCUUUGUCUUUGCCUCGGCUUCGAGAGCUCCACAUUUCCAGAAACAAGCUGAAGACUCUCCCGGACGCCUCCUUGUUCCCCGUGUUACUGGUCAUGAAGAUCAGAGAGAAUGCCAUAAGUACUUUCUCAAAAGACCAACUUGGUUCUUUUCCCAAACUGGAGACUCUGGAAGCAGGUGGCAACCACUUCAUCUGCUCCUGUGAACUCUUGUCCUUCACAAUGGAGCAGUCAGCCCCGCUCCAGGUCCUGGCUGACUGGCCGGACAGUUACCUGUGUGACUCUCCGCCCCGCCUGCGUGGCCAGAGGGUCCGCGACGCCCGGCCCUCAGUCUUGGAGUGCCACCAGGCUCUACUAGUGUCUGGUGUCUGCUGUGCCCUUCUCCUGUUGAUCCUGCUCAUAGUCGGCCUGUGCCACCAUUUCCACGGGCUGUGGUACCUGAGAAUGAUGUGGGCGUGGCUCCAAGCCAAGAGGAAGCCCAAGAAAGCUCCAUGCAGGGACAUUUGCUAUGAUGCCUUUGUUUCCUACAGCCAACAGGAUUCCCACUGGGUGGAGAACCUCAUGGUCCAGCAGCUGGAGAACUCCGACCCGCGCUUCAAGCUAUGCCUCCAUAAGCGGGACUUCGUUCCUGGCAAGUGGAUCAUUGACAACAUCAUCGACUCCAUUGAAAGGAGCCGCAAGACCGUGUUUGUGCUUUCCGAGAACUUCGUGCGUAGCGAGUGGUGCAAGUACGAACUGGACUUCUCCCACUUCAGGCUCUUUGAUGAGAACAACGACUCGGGCAUCCUUGUUCUGCUGGAGCCCAUUGAGAAGAAAGCCAUCCCCCAGCGCUUCUGCAAGCUUCGAAAGAUAAUGAACACCAAGACCUACCUGGAGUGGCCCCGGGAUGAAGCCCAGCAGGACGUGUUUUGGGUAAAUCUGAGAACUGCAAUAAAGUCCUAGAUUCUCCACCCAGUUCCUGUCCUGCGCUAACCAUGGGUCUUUGUGACAUGAACUGUAACGAAGUUUAUUCUGACAUAAUUAUUUAAGUACCAUAGAAUUGUACCCUUGAGGAUUUAAGUAUGACUAAUAACUGUGAGCUUUAUCUUGAACGCUGUUAUAUAAAUAUUUUAUAUUAGGAGAAUGUUUUUUUUUCUUCUCUAUUUUAUAGAUAGCCAAGAUCUCUCUCCAGUACUAAUAUCUGAAUAACCUGUUCCCUUAGCACAUCUGGAAAUGGCACACGUAGACUGGAGAUUUAAUAUUUGCAUUGAGUCAGUGUGCUUUUUGUACAGAAGCACAGGGGGUGGGUGUGGAGGAUUUGCCAGUCUGCUCACAUGUCAUCCCUCUGUGUAACAUCUCAAGAGCAAGCGGUCACAAUAUUGGGGGCAUUCAGACAAAUUUGUUUCUAUUCCUGGAGAGAGGGUUCUGUCCCCUCAUCGGACCUCUCAGUAUACAUGACACGGGCUGCAUUUUCAUGUAAACUGGGUUUGUCUUUCUGAGUAUUUGAUCGGUUUCUCUAGACAUAAUUCUUUGAAAUAAUGUAUGCAACACAAGAUACAGUAAAUCCUCUUUUGCCAUGAGAGCAUAACUAGUGAGUAUAAAUAAAAUGUUGAUUUGGAAGGAGCUGAAGAAAGUCUCCCAUGUUCUGGUGCAGACCUGGAUUUCAGCUGUCCAUUCCCAGUGUCUGGUUACUCUGGCUCCUGCCCCCCUUGGACAAUCUGUUGCUUUUUCUCCGGUGAAAAGUCUUGUUUCUAAUUCUAUAAAGCUUUUCUUUUAUUUUUUUGUCUGAAAAAAAAAUACAUGUGAACAUAAUAUUUUUAAAAUAAUUAUAUACCUAGAGGUUUCUUACGAUUAUUACAAGAUGCAGUAAUCUGAAGACAAAUAACACUGCUGUUAAUGCUUUUAAGUAAAAUUUGAUAGUGCAUCAA